AUGCUAAGCCUUAUGAUAGACAGUAUCAAAAACGAGGAGGACCAAUUAGGACCUGGUCUGACGCAGUCAGAAAAGAUUUUGAACGCUCCCAAUGAAUUAGGUGAAAUUGACGAUGAUAGUAUUGCUGAAGAAAUGGAUUCAUGGGAUACGCGUAUAGAUAUUGAAAAUGUCGAUAAUUUUUUACGUGAACAACGGAAGGAAAAACGAAGAGAACGACAGAAGCUUCGUUUACUCGAACGCGAGAAAAAAAAUUUGCUUAAGAAAAAACAUUUGAAAAGAUCUGAUUCGUGA